UUGCUGGUCGCAAUUGCCAAAAUGCCAAAGCCGUUUUGCCAAGUCCGGCAUGCAUCGACGUCCAGUAUAUAGACGGCAAGAUGGUUUUGAUAUUCGAGAUUUCACGUCCAUUUGCCGUCUCCGGAUGCUUGAGACAUGGCUGCCUGCGAAGGUAUUCGAAUCCGCGGCUUCACGGGAAAACUGCAUCUUCCGGCUACUUGCUCUGAAAGAGUAUCAUUCCUUGUCUCAACCCGUUUUAACCACGCCUUUGUAUCUCAUCGCUGUCAUCCUAAUGCCAUGAUAUUACCUGAUGACUCCAACACACUUGGAUACCGCACUGAAACGCUUCACGGAAAUGAGGAUUCCAAGAUCAAGCGUCCUCGUCUCGACUCUGGGGAAACUGGUACCGAUGACGAAGUUGCGGACUGGGGUCACUGGGGCCACCGGCCGGCCGAAUCUGCACACAGAGAAGACGCAUCACCCAUGUCUGUGCGGCGACAGCUGAGCCCUCUCGAACAUCAGGGCUGCGACUUUUUCGAGUCUAGAGUUUUCAAAGGGGCAACUGCCUUCCCCUCCUCUCGCUCCCCAGACCACUUGCUGUACGUACCGUCAGAGUCAUUGCUCAACCAACUCUGUUUCGACACGGUCACCGAAAUUGAAUCUGGAGGGUCGUGUUUCGAUGUUUCUGACUGUGAAGCGGUUCCAGAGCUCGGAUACGAUCAGACGCCCAAUCCGGUAUAUGAGGAUGGACCUUUACUUGCUCGUCAGCACCUUGUUCCGCGGAGCGAACUGCCCUAUACGUGUCUGGACAUAGUUCUAAAAUCCUCUCCUGACGAAAUACUACCAUUCCAUCAGGAGGCAAUGUGCGAGAGCCCAAAUCGUCCAGAUCCUGUCAAUGUCAAGAUUGUACAGCAAGUACCAACGACAAAGCUUACCCACAGAAGGGUGGCGCGAUCUAGGCCAGAAUGUUGCCGUGGCCGCUACCACCGGAAUCCCAAAGCAAAAGCCCAAUACUUGCGGGAUCGUAACUUUCGUACCGCAUCCAUGCCUAUUGAGGCACCCACUGCGCUAAGGGUGGACAACAUUCCAUUGCUCAACUCCGAGAGCUUUAAGCUAAAGCGGAAGCACUGCGCAUUCGUGCAAGAGCAGGAGCUGAGGUGCCUCUUCGAGGAUCGCGUGGGGACGCCACACCUUAGCGAGUUGCAGCCUGGUGACGAUGUGAACGCCCAGCUCAACGUAGACGAACUUAGCGUGGGAGGAGAGGUUGCGGCUUUAAGCAUAGUGGAUGGGGCCACGCAAGGACUUUCUGAAUUCGCGAUUACGGACAUUCCGUACAAGGGACUGGGUCCGAAUUGACUAAUGUGGUGUGGGAUGAGUUGGUACCUGCGUGAGUGAUUUGUGAGAGGGCUGACAUUUUGGGAUCGGCGCUUUUGUACGUAUACGUUGUGCAUGUUUAUGCCUCACUAAGCUCAUUCUUUGGACGGCAUCCAGCAUAAGAGACCUC